GCUUCCCCUUCCGUCCGCUGACGACUCCUCCUUCCCUCCUCCUGUCUCUCUCUCGCUCGCUACCCUCUCGCUCCCAGACGACUGUUGGGCCGCCGCCGCCGCCGCCGCCUAGGCCAGGUGCUGAGGCUUUCCUUGGUCUCUUCGCCGGCCACGAGCACCACCAGACAAAUGGAACUGGGUGAUAAGGUAGUCGGUUUUCUACUGACUCUGACAAGCUUAUCCAUAUUUACAUACUAUACAUUCUGGGUCAUCAUUUUGCCAUUCGUUGACAGCGACCACUUUGUGCACAAGUACUUCCUGCCUCAAGAGUAUGCAAUUUUGAUACCAGUGCUUGCCGGCGUAGUUCUCCUUUCGUUCUUGAGCGUCUUUGUGGGUCUUGUGAUGCUCAAGUCAAAGAAGAAGAAGAAGACCACUUGAUCGGGUUUGCCAUGUACAUUGCUUACUGUGAUGAAAUACAUGAUUCAGAGUAUUUAAUUGCUAGAGGCUUGGUUUUGUAAUCAGUUCUGUCAUACUUUAAAGGUGUUUACUUUGUAGUUUGGGUGUAUUUUUUUUGUGUGUUUUUAUUCUGGUGGUUAACUAAAAGCAGUGUUGAUCAAAACUCUAGUUAGAGGUCACAAAGCAUUAUCCAUUAUUCUGACUGAACAGUCUUUUAAAGGGCAAACGGUUGACAGUGAUUGAAAGA